GGGGGAGGAGGCGGAGGAGCGAGCCGUGCGGCCAGAGCGGGAAAGACUCGUCCUUGCGUCCGAGUUGUGCAGCCGCCUCACCCCGGCUCCUGGGGCUGCAGCAAGGGCUGUGCGGGGACGGGCGUCCGCUGUCUCCCGGGUUUCCCUCGGAGCGACCCGCGGGAUCGGAAAAAGGAGAAGAUGGAGGAGGGCGGCAGCGGCGGCGCCGCGGCGGGCACCAGCGGGGACGGCGGCGACGGCGGCGAGCAGCUCCUAACUGUCAAGCACGAGCUGCGAACCGCUAAUUUAACAGGACAUGCAGAGAAGGUGGGAAUUGAAAAUUUUGAGCUACUGAAGGUUCUGGGAACUGGAGCUUAUGGAAAAGUAUUUCUAGUGCGUAAAAUAAGCGGUCAUGAUACUGGAAAGCUGUAUGCCAUGAAAGUUUUGAAAAAGGCAACCAUCGUUCAGAAGGCCAAAACCACAGAGCACACGAGGACAGAACGGCAAGUCCUAGAGCACAUCCGACAGUCGCCAUUCUUGGUGACGCUGCACUAUGCCUUCCAGACAGAGACCAAGCUUCAUCUCAUUUUAGAUUAUAUAAAUGGUGGAGAACUUUUUACUCAUCUUUCUCAAAGAGAGCGUUUCACAGAGCAUGAGGUGCAGAUCUAUGUUGGAGAGAUUGUACUUGCCCUGGAACAUCUGCAUAAGUUGGGGAUUAUAUACCGUGACAUUAAGCUUGAGAAUAUUCUACUUGAUUCUAAUGGCCAUGUGGUGCUGACUGAUUUUGGUCUGAGUAAGGAGUUUGUGGCUGAUGAAACUGAAAGAGCAUAUUCCUUUUGUGGAACUAUUGAAUACAUGGCACCAGAUAUUGUCAGAGGGGGAGAUUCGGGACAUGACAAGGCAGUUGACUGGUGGAGUUUAGGUGUUCUAAUGUAUGAAUUACUAACUGGAGCAUCUCCUUUCACUGUGGAUGGAGAAAAAAAUUCCCAAGCUGAGAUAUCUAGGAGGAUCUUGAAAAGCGAGCCUCCUUAUCCACAAGAGAUGAGCGCGUUAGCUAAAGACCUGAUUCAGCGUCUUCUGAUGAAAGAUCCCAAGAAGAGAUUGGGAUGUGGUCCUCGAGAUGCGGAUGAAAUCAAGGAACAUCUCUUCUUUCAGAAAAUCAAUUGGGAUGACUUAGCUGCCAAAAAAGUGCCUGCACCAUUUAAACCAGUCAUUCGAGAUGAAUUAGACGUGAGUAACUUUGCUGAAGAGUUCACAGAAAUGGACCCCACCUAUUCUCCCGCAGCCUUGCCCCAGAGCUCUGAGCGACUGUUCCAGGGCUAUUCCUUUGUCGCUCCUUCUAUCCUGUUCAAGCGCAAUGCAGCUGUCAUAGAUCCUCUUCAGUUUCACAUGGAAGUCGAGCGUCCUGGCGUGACAAACGUGGCCAGGAGCGCCAUGAUGAAGGACUCUCCAUUCUAUCAACACUAUGACCUAGAUCUGAAGGACAAACCCUUGGGAGAAGGAAGCUUUUCCAUUUGUCGAAAGUGUGUGCACAAAAAAAGUAACCAAGCAUUUGCUGUCAAAAUAAUCAGCAAAAGGAUGGAAGCCAAUACUCAGAAAGAAAUAACAGCUCUGAAGCUCUGUGAAGGACACCCCAAUAUUGUGAAGUUGCAUGAAGUUUUUCAUGAUCAGCUGCAUACUUUUCUGGUGAUGGAGCUGCUGAAUGGGGGAGAACUGUUUGAACGCAUAAAGAAGAAGCAGCACUUCAGUGAGACGGAAGCCAGCUACAUCAUGCGGAAGCUUGUUUCAGCUGUCAGCCACAUGCAUGACGUUGGAGUGGUGCACCGCGACCUGAAACCCGAGAAUUUAUUAUUCACUGAUGAAAAUGAUAAUUUGGAAAUUAAAGUUAUCGAUUUCGGGUUUGCACGCCUCAAGCCGCCUGACAAUCAGCCCCUGAAGACCCCGUGCUUCACCCUUCAUUAUGCAGCCCCAGAACUCUUGAAUCACAAUGGCUAUGAUGAGUCCUGUGACCUGUGGAGCUUGGGUGUCAUCUUGUAUACAAUGUUGUCAGGGCAAGUUCCAUUCCAGUCUCAUGACAGAAGUUUGACGUGCACCAGUGCAGUGGAAAUCAUGAAGAAAAUUAAGAAGGGAGAUUUCUCCUUUGAAGGAGAAGCCUGGAAGAAUGUAUCCCAAGAGGCUAAAGAUUUGAUCCAAGGACUUCUCACGGUUGAUCCAAACAAAAGACUUAAAAUGUCUGACUUGAGAUACAAUGAAUGGCUUCAAGAUGGCAGUCAGCUGUCCUCGAAUCCUCUGAUGACUCCAGACAUUCUGGGAUCUUCAGGAGCUGCCGUGCACACCUGUGUGAAAGCAACCUUCCAUGCCUUUAACAAAUAUAAGAGAGAAGGGUUUUGCCUUCAGAAUGUCGAUAAGGCCCCGCUGGCUAAGAGGAGGAAAAUGAAGAGGACGAGCACCAGUACGGAGACGCGCAGCAGCUCCAGCGAGAGCUCCCACUCUUCCUCCUCCCACUCGCACGGGAAAACCACGCCCACCAAGACGCUGCAGCCCAGCCACCCUGCCGACAGCUCGAACCCAGAGAGCCUCUUCCAGUUCUCAGACUGAGUGGCCUUCGAAUGGUAGGGAUGACCUCCGCGGCCCUGGCACCUGGCUCUCCCUCAGCAUGACCCUGAGGUGGUGGUCUGUGCUUUAAAGAUUGUCCCGUUGGUCUCACUGGGAUCUGCUCCUCGUGAAUUUCUUCAGGAAAACCUGUGUGGUUAUCCUUGAGCAAGAGCACUGAACAGAGAAUGUCACUGUGAAUGGAGCAUACGUGCUACCCUUAGCAACCUAGCAUGAUGCCAGCAGGACAGUUCUUGAAAAGGCAAAGGUUCCCCUAAAUGUAUCCAGGGACUGGUUGGACGGAUGCUGCCUACUGCGUAAGUCACGGGUUUCUCAGAUGUCUGCCAAUAAGACUUGAUGCCUUUCACUAUGCCUGAUGGACAGGGUGGCUUUUUAAGAGGUCUGUGUCCUUUGGAUAGUGAUUUAGCAGAGCGAAAGGUCUGUUUUCAAAAUAUUCUGUAAUGAAUUUUAUGUGUGGCAUAUACUUAUUUCUUGAGAGAGAAAAUUUUAACUUAUUGUUUUUAUUUUAUGGUUAUAUAUGAUAAUAACUUGCUAUUAAUCUUUUUCUAAAGUGUUAGAAAAAAAAGUUACUAUAACUUGAGGUCCCAUGCUUUGUGUUUGGGAUCUACAUGAGAUGCAUGCUAAGCUAUGUAUGUUUUUAAUUUUGCACUGGCCUUUCCUGGUAAUUAAUUUUAAAGAUUAUUGCAGAAUAUUAGGUACAUGUCCCUUUGUUUUAAGUAAUAUUGCACUUUAUAGAAGAGUGUGAAUAAGUCAAUCUGUUUUAUAAAGUGCACUGUUGGAAGCAUAUGUACUGUAUUUUUGCUGUUUUUUUUCCAUUAUCUACUUACACUUGUCCUUACAUCCCUCUUCUGCUUUGUGUGCAACAAGUAGAAUGGGGUGCUUUGUAUAAUGUGUCAUUAGCCACUUAUGCACCAAUCUGAGGAAAAACUAAAGGGAAAUUACACUCAACACUGUGCUUCAUAUUUGUACACUGUGUUGUGCUACAGUGAGACACUUCCUCCUGUAGUCAGAUAUUAUGUACAUAAUAUUUUGGAAUCAUACCUUUGACUUGUUUUGAAAAUUUUCUGUUAAAUUUUAAAUCCAGAAAGCAUAUUUUAUAAACUUAUGCAGAGCACAUUUAUUGCUCAAAAGUUCUGAAUUCAUACAGAAAACAAGUGCUAUGCGCUGAAGACAUUUCAUUAAGAUUGCUGCAUUUAAAAGUACAGUUAAUUCAUUCCCUAUGCAAAAAUAAUUAAGUGACAGGAUUUGUAUGUUAUGUUUUCUUUUAAAGCCAUCUCAUGAAAUGUCAGGACUGAGAAAAGUGAUCUUUGCCAUGUUUACAGGAAUCAUGCUUAAAAAGAGAAUGCCCAACAUGUUUUAUAGUUUUUGUUGAUGAUAUCCUCUUGAUCAUUGGUUUGGAAUUUGGGCAUGAUAUUUAUUUAUCCCUUUCCCAAGGUAAUAACAGCAUUAAUUUCAACCAGUUCUAAAUACUAAAAAUAUUGCACUCUGUAUCAGUAGCAUAUUUAUUACUAAAUCAAUGUAUAUAUUAAUAGCACAGGCAACAAGAAUGGCAAAUAUUAAAAUAUUUUCAAAAAAUUGUAUUAUCCUGUUCACAUUUUUGUCCACUAUGGUUUUGCUUUUCACUGGCCCAAAUGGCUACAUAAUUCUCAGAGUCGAUGAAAGUUUUGUACACCUUUCAGUCAUUCCUAGUAAUGAUGGGAAAUUUUGUGGUGAAUUAUUACCAACUAUUGCUAAUUUACAAAAUGCAAUGCCAUCAGGCACUUAUUUAUCAUAAGAAAAGGACCAUUUAUUUUUACAUCAAGCAUACUUAUAUUUGGAAAUGCAUAAGUUAGCUCUUCAAGUCAUUUUUUUGAACUAUGAAUCCUGGUAGAAAAUAGGAGAUGUAGCAUAGAAACUAAAGGGACUGUGUUUGCAAAAGAAAAUGAUCCAGAAAAAUGGUCCAACAGACACCCUAAGCCGGACGGUGUGACUGGCUCACUGCAGAUGCUGGAGUGGACGCGCUUCGCUUUCAUUUCUGCCCCCUCCAUUCUCUCCUGGAGGACCUGAUGGACCCUGAGACCAGCGAAGGCGGGCAGGGUAGGCGGAGGGGAGAAGGAUGCGGCCCUCCAUCCGCUGAGGAGCCUGCCUCAGUCAUCCAGAAGGACUUUGGAAAAGACCUCGGAAAACACACAGCCUGUGCUCCUGUCAGGCGGCAUCAUCCCUCCUCUGACUUAUCAGUCCCCAGAGAUGGCGUCCCAUGCUGCACUGCAGCACAGGUCGCAGAGCUCCCCUUCGGUAACAUCAAAACUCAGUGGUAAGGAAUACUUUAAUAAAAGUAUACCAUGAGAGGACUCUUUUGUGAUACUGAGUUAAAUAGAAGUAGAUCUUAAAAUAUAUAUAUAUAUUAAAUUUUUAGCCAAUCUACCCCUCCCUUCUUCCCUACGGAUUGCAUCGUGUGUACUUUAUGCCAUCAUACCUCCUAAGACUUGUAUUUUAUAACUGUACAUCUAAUACUUUGAGAGGAAAGGAAGGACAGGAAGGUAAUGAAGGAAAGAAGUUAAGACCAGUUUCUUGUAAUUACCAUUCCAGACCUGUGGCUGAAUGAGUGAAAUUGAUCUACUGGGAUAGAACAUCAGUCUUCUGGAUUAAUUUCAACAUCAUUGUCUGGGAAUUACAGUUCAUUUGCCCAUGAAAAACUGCCUUUUAAUUGUUUUUAGAUUACUGCUAAUUUCUUGAAUAAGUAUGUAAAUGACUGCAUUUUAAUUAUAAAUUAUUUUAAGGAAUCCUACCAGGAUAGAUGAUUGGUUUGUUGUCGGGUUUUUUUUUUUUUUUUCUUUUUUUUUUAAAUAAGGAUGUUCCUUUGGUUACUUUGUUUUUUAAAGUAUGUACUCAGAUACUUCAUAAAAGUCUACAAUUUAUUGGCUACUGUUCGCCACACCUCCAACUUGUUACUCUCAUGUUUACUUAAGAACAAGGUACCUUGCAAUGUUGAAAAUUUCUAAAUUAUUCUAAAUUUUUGGCUUUCUCUGUUCUCCCAACGACCAAUAGUAAUAGCACGAAUAGGUUGAUGUAUGUGUGUAACACUUCUAAUACUUCUUAAAAUCUAAGCAAGUUAAAUUGUGAUGUGCCACUUACAUUAUGUCAAAAUAAUUGUCUUGUGGAAGAAUUAUCAUUGCACUGAAGUAUCCUUUUUUAAUAAUAUACGGCUUUUGAAAUGUUUUUUUAGUUGUCGAUGGACGUUUAUUUUUAUGUAUUUAUAUGCAGUGCUGAGGAUGGAACCCAGUGCCUCACACAUGCUAGGCUAGUGCUCUACAAUUGAGCCACAUCCCCAGCCCAACAAUGAAAUUUCUUAAGAUGCUGAUGUGUGGCCUCUUAUAACGUAAGAGACCUUUACUUAAUUACACCCCAUAUGUACAAAGUAAAGUGAAUUGUACUUUAAAAUUCACAAAGCUUUCACUUGAGUGUCCAUUGUCACUUGAUCUGGCACAAAAAUCA